AUGGAACCAUCAGACAUUUUCCUGUCCCUGAUAUUAGCCAUAUUCUCACUGUUUUGUCUCUCUCUUCUUCACCGUAAACAGAAAAGUACCAGUACUACUAAUGACAACAACUCCUCCUCCAGCAGUUACGGUGAUGAUGAAGAAGAGCUUAUAAGGCUUCCUCCGGGAAGAACUGGAUUUCCUUUCAUUGGAGAAACGUUCGACUAUUACUUGAAAUCUCGAAAAGGGUUCCAAUUUAAAUUCGUGAGAGAUCGAACGGAGCAAUUUUCGACCAAUAUCUUCAGGACAUCGUUGCUCGGACAGAAAAUGGUGAUACUUGGUACCGCCCAAGGCAACAAGUUUCUGUUUUCUAACGAGAACAUCUUGUUUCGGGUAUGGUGGCCUAGCAUGACGGAUAAGAUCUUCCCAAAGUCCGACAAUCAACCUACAAACGUCCACGCGAAAAGGCUACGCGAUAUCAUCUCGCCAUUGAUUCACAAAGUCGAUGGACUUCGCGAAUGCAUAAGGAUCAUGGAUGCUGUGAUGAAACAGCAUCUGGAAACAUAUUGGAAAGGAAGAGAUGAGGUGAAAGCAGGGGAAUUGGUAAAGAAAUAUGCAUUGGCUUUGGGAUGCAAUGUUUUCUUAGGCGUCGAUGACCAAAACGAAAUCGAUGAAAUUGUGACAGGAAUAGAUGGUAUUGAAGCCGCAUUUUUUGCAGCACCAAUCAACCUGCCAGGGACAACAUUAAAUCGUGGACUCAAAGCCUCUAAAGUUAUGCGUUCGAAAAUUGAGGCAAUCCUUAAGCAUAAAAAAACCCUGCUUGGGUCGAGAAAGAUUAGUACCGCAACUCCAGCAGCAGAAAUUGCGAAGGAUUUCGUCGCACAUAUGCUUAGCUCAGUAGAUGAGAAUGGUCAAGUCCUCAAGGAAGAAGACAUUGCCAGCCAUUUGGUUGGUUUGAUCGAAGUUGGCUACACGUAUCUCCACUCCACACUUACAAUGCUCAUCAAGAUCCUUGCUGAGCAUCCUCAUGUGUACGAUUCCGUCCUCAAAGAACAAAAGGAAAUAGCAAGUUCAAAGCAUCCAAGUGAUAGACUGAGUUGGGAGGACUUCAGAAAGAUGAAGUAUUCAUGGAAUGUAGUGUGUGAAGUAUUUAGACAAUGUUCACCCGGGGUUGGCGGUUUUAGAGAAGCCCUUACUGAUAUCAAAUAUGACGGAUACACUAUUCCAAAGGGCUGGAAGGUUCAUUGGCUUCUACAUUCCACACACAAUAAUCCAAAAUACUUUCCAGAUCCUGAAAAGUUUGAUCCAUCAAGGUUCGAGGGAGAUGGUCCGAUUCCUUACACUUUCAUUCCUUUUGGGGGAGGAUUGCGGAUGUGUCCUGGAAAUGAGUAUGCCAGGCUUGCAAUACUCACUUUUGUACAUUAUCUGGUGAAUGAAUACACUUGGGAACAAAUGAUUCCAGAUGAGAAAAUUUCAUAUUUUCCGAUUCAAGUUCCAGCUCAAGGCCUUCCCAUUCGCCUCUAUCGUCGCAAAGCUUGA